UUUCAAUGGGCCACAACGGCCCCAAUGAACAUUCUGGAAACGUGGUAGCAUUUGGCUUCCGGCCUCUGCCCGCGUAUUAGGGUUUCGCUGCAGAAAGAAACGAUCGAGCUCUGAAACUCCUCACACUAAACCCCUUCCGCCUCCGCCUCCGCCUCCAUUCUGCAUCUCCAUCUCUAAACGCCAAUCCCACUCUUCUCUUCCUCAUUACUCUUUGAAUUGCGACGAAAGAAUUCGUCAGAAAAAGUCCAUAAACUACUGCCUUAUCAUUUUUCCUCUUCUCUCUCUCAUUCACUCGGUGGAUUGGAAGUGUGGUGGACUCUCUUAUUAGGUAGGUGAAAGAAUGGGGAAAUCCGGUGGCCGGAGGAAGAAGGGCGGAGGCAAUCCGGCCGCCGGACAGCCCUCGCCCGCGGCAACGACGCCAACCGCCGCGCCCAACGGCGGCGGUGCCCAUGUCCCGGAUGCGUCCGCCCUGCAGCAGCGUGCGCACGAGCUCAAGGAGGAAGGGAACCGGCUGUUCCAGGCGCGGGACUACGCGGGGGCUGUUCAGCAGUACGACCUGGCUCUGAAGCUGACCCCGCGUGGCCACCCGGACCGCGCGGUCUUCCACAGCAACCGGGCGGCGUGCCUCAUGCAGGUGAGGCCUGUUGACCACGAGGCCGUCGCCGCCGAGUGCUCCCUCGCCCUCCAGGCCCAGCCCCGAUUCCCCCGCGCCCUCCUCCGCCGCGCCCGUGCCCUCGAUGCCCUUCGCCGCCCCGACCUCGCCCUCCAGGACGUCCAGGCCCUCCUCGAGGUCGAUCCCUCCAACCGCGACGCCCUCGACCAGCACCAGCGGCCUCCAAGCUCCUCUUUACUCCCCAAUGGCCCUCGGCCCAAAUCCCCUCCUAAGCCUUCUGCUGCUGCUGAAGCCUCAUCGGGUCUGGCUAAUAAUUCAAGAUCACAGCAGCAGCAGCUGCAACCGAGCAUCGGAAAGGGGUCUGCUUUGAAUUCUGCUGUCACUGCAGGGGCGGUGGUCACUCGCUGGAGGCCUCUGAAGCUCGUCUAUGACCACGACAUAAGGCUUGCCCAGAUGCCAGCCAAGUGCAGCUUCAAGACAUUGAGAGAAGUCGUGGCGAAUCGGUUCCCAUCAUCCAAAUCGGUGCUGAUCAAGUAUAAGGAUGCGGAAGGUGAUCUUGUUACAAUCACCAGCACUGCGGAGCUUAGAUUGGCUGAAUCUUGUGCCGAUCAGCUUGCUCCUCCAAAAGAUGGCAAAGAAAGCCCUGAAACAAAUAAGGAUGAGAAGCUUCAGGUUUUGAGGCUUCACAUUGUGGAUGUGAGCUCCGAGCAAGAACCUUCACUGCCGCAAGAAGAAGAAGAAGAAGAAGAAGAAGAAGAAGACAAGCCAGUGGAGGAUGAGGGGUUGAUAAAAGUGGAUGAGAGCUUGUCUCAUUCUUCAGCAGGGGAUUCUGGGUUGGAUGCAGUGGACAAUGAGGGGGUCAUGAAGGCGGACCAAGAGAAAGAGCUUCCAAAAGAAGGCACUGUGCAUGGAAAGAAGGAAUGUGAUCAUGCUGAGUGCAAGGAAGUUGAGAUUGAUGAUUGGUUGUUUGAUUUUGCUCAGCUGUUCCGCAAUCAGGUUGGCAUUGAUCCAGAUGCUCACUUGGACUUGCAUGAGCUUGGGAUGGAGCUGUGUUCUGAGGCACUUGAGGAGACAGUGACAAGUGAGGAAGCACAGAGCCUCUUUGAGAUGGCUGCUGCUAAGUUCCAGGAGGUAGCUGCACUGGCUUUCUUCAAUUGGGGGAACGUUCACAUGUGUGCUGCACGGAAACGCAUCCCUCUGGAUGAGUCUUCACCCAAAGAAGUCAUGGCAGCUCAGCUACAAACAGCUUAUGAUUGGGUCCGGGAGAGGUAUGCUCUUGCUGGGCAGAAGUAUGAGAAGGCCCUGCAAAUCAAGCCCGACUUCUAUGAAGGGUUGCUUGCCUUGGGGCAGCAGCAUUUUGAGACUGCAAAGCUCCACUGGUCCUUUGCAUUGGCUAAUAAGAUUGAUCUGUCUACAUGGGACCCAGGGGAGACAAUCAAUCUAUUUAAUAGUGCAGAAGAGAAGAUGAAGGCUGCGACUGAGAUGUGGGAGAAGGUGGAAGAGCAAAGGAUUAAUGAGCUUAAAGACCCUGGGAUGAGCAAAAAGGAUGAGGUUCUGAAGAAGAGGAAGAAACAAGGGGGCCUGGAUGGCCAGGGGGAGUUGUCAGCUGAUGAGGCGGCAGAGCAAGCUGCAGUAAUGAGAUCUCAGAUACAUCUGUUUUGGGGUAACAUGCUUUUUGAGCGCUCGCAAGUGGAAUUCAAGCUUGGGACUGGUGAUUGGAAGAAGAAUCUUGAUGCAGCUGUUGAGCGCUUUAAGCUAGCUGGGGCAUCAGAAGCUGAAGUCUCUGUGGUUCUGAAAAACCAUUUAUCCAAUGCAGCUGAUGUGGAGACUGAUGAAAGGAAAGUAACAACAUCGAGUACUGGUGCUUCUGAGACAAAUGUCAAGGAUGAAGAUAAUAGUGUGCUUGAAAAUUAACUUGAAACAAGUUUCCAUGUUGGGCUAGUACUGGAAAGCUCAUUUGAUGUCGUAAAUCUUCUUGGCUUGAAUGAAUUUGUAACCAUGGAGCUGUGGAAGUUUUGUUGUUUUUACCAGGUCACCUGAGUUGCUGGGGCUGCACCGUAGACCUUUCAUUGUGCUUCAAUUGUUCCUUUGUGUGGAAGAAUCUUGGUGCUUUAUUGGUCCAGGUGUGUAUUUUCUGAAAUAUUGGCGCUGAACAAUUUCUUGAGCAACUUUGAAGGAGAGGUUUUGAUAUAAACUUGUCUAGUGUCUUUGAUGAUCUCAAUAUGUGCAUUUCUAAUAUAAUCCUAUGCGUUUCUCUUUCUUAUGGUGCAAA